AUGGCCAACGACCAGCCCCCGACGCUGCAGCGCCCCGCUAUCCUGCUGUUCGGGGACAGCCUGACCGAGCGCAGCCUCGACCCCGACGGCGGUUGGGGGGCGACGCUGGCGCACCACUUUGCAAGAAAGGCGCGCAGGGCACCGCACUGGGCAUCAGCGGACGUCGUCAACCGCGGCUUUGGCGGUUACAACUCGCGCUGGGCGCGGCCCGUUCUCGACCAGGUGCUGGCUCAAGUGAAAGCCAGCAAGCAGCCCGUCCUGCUGGCCACGCUGUGGCUGGGCGCCAACGACGCGGCCCUCCCCGACCGCGGCGGGUGA